UUGGCAUGCAGUGAUUAUUUACUCAUUGUUGACUCUGCAGCUAUGUGGUACAUUUAUGACUCUUCUAAGAAGAAACUUGUGGCAGAUGUGCACGUGAAUGGUUUGGAAGAGCUGACUGGACGGGUGUCAUAUGUUUUCUGUUGCCACUACAGCAGCGAGGAAAGUCUGAUUUAUCUCUUCAUGGAACUAGAUGAAAAGGUUGUUGAGGAACGUGGUGGUGAUCUUGACCUUGUUCCUUAUGCUAUAGUCAAGCUCCAAAUUGAUGGUCAAUUUUCUGCCAAGGUUGAAUCCAAGGGUAAUCUUAAAGUUGGUUCCUAUAGCAAACUCUAUAUGUUUGCUGUUGGUGACCAAGACACUGAAUUAAAGAGAAGAUUGUAGCUUAGCUUAGUUUUGUGCAUCAUACUGGUGUGGUGGCCAUCAUAUUAAUAGGAAUAUGUUUUGUUGAACAGAAAUAUACCCCUUUAUUGUAGCUUAGGUUUGUGUAGGGAUCUUCAUUCUGGACUUGUGAGUUUGUUGCAUUGGAAUGGAAGAGGGAAGAUAUAGGUGGGGUUGGAUGUUUUUAAGCCUUGUCCUUUUGAUGCUCUUUGGGCACCCUAUGAUGAACACUCCUUUUUUCUCUUUGGAUUAUUGACUAUGAACAAAUUUCUCUUUAUUUGAUUGA